AAAUCAAAGUUAGUGACCUCCACACACAUCCUGGUAUUUUCAAUAUGUCCGCGCCCUGUUGAAGAUGCCGGUUGAACAGAUUUAGGGAGUAAAACAAUUCUGAUUCAUAUGCUGGAUGGGCUAUAACUAGUUUGUUAUGGCAGCUGAGCCUGUUAAGAUUUCUUUAGUUUCUAACAAGCCCUUUAUUUGGAAUGCAGAAGAUGCAUGUAUAGUCCGUGAGAAGUACCGUAUAGUGGGUGCUCUAGCAGGCUGUCUGUCCAGGGCCCCCAGACAGAACAUACAGCUAGGUCUACCACUACAGCUCUUGCCAGAGGAGGCCAUGCUGCUGCUGCAGGAAGGUUAUGCUCAGCUUGUAAACAGUGACCAGAACGCCAAGCUACCAUCGCCAGAACAAGUGGACAGGUUCCAGAAGAUGAGGGAGGAGAGUUUUAAACAACAGGCAGAAAUAGGCAUAGCAGAAAGAAAGCUGAUCGUCCAGAGAAGACUUGACCAGAUAAAAGAGGGAAGAAAAGCAAAACGGAAGCAGAGACUAGAGAAGAAGAAAGCAAAGGGACAGGAAGUAGAUGAGGAAGAAUUGAGGAGGGAUGAAGACAAACUAGAUGUUGAAGACAUACAGAUCACCCCUAUGGGGCAAGAACAUGCAUUGGUGCAGAUAUUCACAGAAACCCCCUGGGUUGAAGAAGUUGACACAGACGUCAGAUGGGAUUUCCCGUCAACAGAGGAGGAGAGGGUGAGGUACAGGGUGUUCCGUGACCUCUGGAGGAAAGGUCACAGCCUGACCUGUGGCGGGAAAUUUGGUGGAGAUUUCUUGGUGUAUCCAGGAGACCCCAGUAGAUUCCAUUCGUUCUACAUAGCUGUUUGUCUGCUCCAUCAUCAGACAAUGUCCGCCGAGAAAGUCGUGGCAAUGGCGCGUCUGGGCUCCACGGUGAAGAAGACAGUCGUCUUGUGUUCUGUAGACGAUGACGAUGAAUUGACUUACACUUCUUUACAGUGGACAGGAAUUAGUUGAUUAGUGACUGACGAAUGGAUUUGUAAUCCAAAGAGGAAAUUUAUUUAUAAAAGUACAUUUUUUGCUAUGUUCAAUUGCGUAAUAUAGUGGAAUUAUGACAAAAGGGAGUCACCUGAAAAAUUACCCUAUGAAAGGGGGCCGUAGCGAUAGUCCGAAGGUUCAAUAGUCCGAAGGUUCAUUGGUCCGAAUGUUCACUAUAGAACCUUC